UCCAGCAACAUAUGGAAGACAAUGAAAAGACAAAGGCUUAUAAUAAAAUGCAUAGACAUGAAUGGGAUCUUAUAGCAGAAUGGACAUAUGAAGUGCCUCCUGUGAUAGACAUUGCUGCAGAAGGCAAUGUUUGGGCAUCUGUUAUCACUUGGCACAUAUGCCGUGUAGAUAGGAAGUUAUAGGAGGGAUAUAUUAUUGAUCGGAUUUGCAUGCCAGUGGCUCUGUGCCAUAGUUUUAGUGCAAGAAAGAGGUGACUUUAUCCUAAGGCUGACAGCUGGGAGCUAAUCCCAGUAGUGGAUAAGAAGAGGCAUUGAUGGUAAUGGGUUUGCAGUUCUGUCUUACAACCCUAAUCUGUAUAUACAAUAAUAGAACGGCAGAAGCCGACCCAGGAGGCAGCGGCUGCCCACACAAUAGCAUUUCAUUGUGGUCAUUCUCAUCAUGAAUCUGCAGGAGGCGACGUAUUAUUUGGGGAAGCUGGGACAGAGUUGGGUAAAUAGAAGACGCUGUUGACUGAUGCUUUAUACCCAUCGCAGCUAAAAGUAUCAGGAAGCAAAUAGAGAAACUCCAUGAAGCCGAAUCCGAUUUUGCUGUAGGCUAUAUAAACAAGUGACCUGCCAUGUCACAAAAGGAGUUUGAAGAUUACUGUCUUCUAUACAAUGACCCGAGCCACCGUGUAGAAUUCCUUGACUCAUUUAGGACAUUUUAUAAAGAAGGUCUAUUCACCGAUGUUACCUUGAUGAGCUCCUCUGGGAAGAUCUUUCAGUGCCAUAAAGCAGCUCUUGCAGCAUGCAGUCACUAUUUUAAGGUGAUGUUCACAGCCGAUAUGAAGGAAAAGUCCAACAAUCAGAUCAAGUUGUCUGGUAUUGAUCACACCAUCCUCGAAACACUACUGAACUAUACUUACACCGCACAGAUCAAGAUAACAACCAAGAACGUCCAAUGUCUUCUGCAAGCGGCUGACCAGCUCCAUUUCGUAUCAGUCAAAGAGGCCUGUGAAAAGUUCCUGGUGAGGCAUCUGGAUGUUGACAACUGUCUGGGAAUGCAUUCUUUUGCCGAGUUUCACGUGUGUCCGGCUUUGGAAAAGGAAUCUAGAAGAAUCAUUGUUUCUAGGUUUCAAGAAGUUUGGACUCAAGAUGAGUUUGUGGACAUCAGUCUUGAGAAGCUGCUGUAUAUCUUCUCCCAGAAGAACCUCAAUGUGUGGACGGUGGAGGCUCUUUUACAGCCUCUCAUGAGAUGGACUGCACACGAUUCCAGGAAUCGGCUUGAACAUAUUUAUGAGCUAUUGAAAUGUAUCGAAGUUGAUGUGGAUGAAAAUUACCUCAGGACCUCAUUGAAGUUGCACAAAAAACAUCUGCUCAAUGAAAAUAAGAUACAAUCUUUACUGUAUUAUGCUUUACGGACUAAAUCGCUAGAAGUGCCCAAAAGAUCAACAGCCAACAUGUAUGUAGUUGGGGGCUACUACUGGCAUCCCUUAUCCGAAGUGCACAUCUGGGACCCUGAGCGCAACAACUGGAUUCAGGGAGUGGAAAUGCCGGAUCACACCAGAGAGAGCUACAGUGCUACCAGUCUAGGGCCUCACAUCUACUUAACCGGUGGCUACAGGACAGAUAACAUAGAGGCCCUAGACACUGUGUGGAUUUAUAAUACAGAGACAGAUGAAUGGACAGAGGGAUGUCCUAUGCUUCACGCAAGGUACUACCACUGCUCCGUCACCAUGGGUGGCUGCGUGUAUGCCUUAGGAGGUUACAGGAAAGGAGCUCCUGCCCAAGAAGCAGAAUUUUAUGAUCCAUUAAAAAAGGCUUGGUUUCCAAUUGCAAACAUGAUAAAAGGUGUUGGGAAUGCCACCGCCUGUGUGCUGCGUGACGUCAUCUAUGUCAGCGGAGGCCACUAUGGAUACAGAGGAAGUUGCACCUAUGAUAAAAUUCAAAGCUUUCACUCUGAUUUAAAUGAAUGGAGCAUCUUAUCUGUUUGUCCACAUCCAGAGUAUGGACUGUGUUCUGUUGCACUAAACAAUAAGCUUUACCUGGUCGGAGGACAGACUACGAUCACUGACUGCUAUGAUCUUGACAGCAAUGAGUGGCUGGAGCGAGCGCCAACUAUGGAGCGGAGGAUGGAAUGUGGCGUCAAUGUCAUGAAUGGAUUUAUAUACAUCACCGGAGGCUACUCCUGGUCUAAAGGCACCUACCUACAGAGCAUAGAGAAGUACAAUCCUGAAUCUGACAAAUGGGAGCUGGUGGGAAAUCUUCCCAGCCCUAUGCGCUCCCAUGGAUGUGUCUGUGUAUAUAACGUAUAGGCAUACACAUUGGCCCUCAUUUACUAUUGCAAACCGACAUGUUUUGUCGGGUUGUGUGCCAGAUGCUGGCGCAUUGCGCCACAAAUUCUGUCUGCGCCAGAAUUUGCGCCAGAAUUGAAAAAAACCCUGACUAACUCUCCAUUUAGCUAAGAAAACCCGAAAACGGGGUUGGGAAAAGGGGGCGUGGUCACCGAAAAGGGGCGUAUUCCCGACAUUUUCACAAAAUCCCAACAUAUUUACUAAGGUUUCCACAUAAAAUGUGGUGGAUUUCAGCUGAGAAAAACCAGACAGAUCAGAACAUGUGUAUAAAAAAGCAAAGUGUAGGGAAAGUGGAAAAUGUAGGGAAACCUUAGUAAAUACCGUGGAAAAUAAAUUGUAGGGAAUUAAAACCCACAAAGAAACCUACACAACCCUCUUAGUAAAUCAGGGCCAAUGUGUGGUAUAUGUAGUGAAUUAUUCAAUGUGAAGUUUAAUACGUCAACUCAGGUCCAUGGGAUCAAACUUGUCCCAAAUUAUUAGUCAACUGAUAUUGGUUAAAUAUAGUAACUGGCUUUCUUUCCAGCCUGACCACAGUGCUCUCUGCUGCCACUUCUGUCCAUGUCAGGAACUGCCCGAUGCAGGAAAGUUUUGCUAUGGGGAUUUGCUCCUACUCUGGACAGUUCCUGACACAGACAAAGGUGUAUAUAGAUCUUACUUAUAUAAUUGUGUUUGAUUUCCUUAUCAUUUUCAAGAGUUCUGCUUGCUGUCAGUGAAUAGAUUUAUUUUUUAAGACUACUUUGAUAGAGCCAUGCCCCUGAGCGAUCAGGACUAGCAGCAGUGAUCUUGGAAAUGUCAAGGAAUUUUACCACAACAUACGCUGCAAAAUUGCAUAAAAUAAUAAUUAUCACCUAUACUCCUGAAAGGCCAUCAAUAUUAGAUUGACAGGGGUCAGACUCCCAGCACCCCAGCUGAUCAGCUCUUUGAGGGGGCCACAACACUGGUGCGAGCACUGCAACCUCUUCAAUGUCUUCUAGAUCAUUGGGGUCCGACUCCCAGCACCACAUCUGAUCAGCUCUUUGCACUUGUCUAUGCAGUACAGGAAUAUGGGUGCACUACUGUGGUAGAUGUAUACAAUGAAUUUGGCUAAUUCCUCAACACUGAUGUUAAAAUUGAGACAUUCGUCAGUAUAUCCUUAUAUCAAGAACACACCAGAGCCCGCACACCAACGCCAAGGUUUCUCAAAUGGCACGGGACCUAGCGCUAAACCUACCUGUGCGUGAUAAGCAAAACAGGGGCCAAUGGGCUAUUACGGCAGCAUUAGAUCUACUCACAACCUUCUCCCAGGUACCCUCCAGCGUGACUGCAAGCACACAUACAAUGGGAGGAGGGAGAGAGGCUACAAGCCCCACCUGAGUUGGCUAAUAUAGGUGCAUGGCCUCACAGGUGCUACCCUAAUGCUGCCUGGAAGAUAUUCAAGGCGCAUUACAUAUGGAGUUUACACACCUCCAAGUAUAACAUUUAAACAAACAACAAAAAACGUGGUCUCAAAUGGCCAGAGGCGCCCAAACCCCAAAUGCGGCCGCGCACCCACACUGGGGGAGCAGAUCCUGCCCUUGUAGUCCGUAGCUAGGGGUGAUCCCCAGCAUAAAAAUGCAUACAAUGGAGGAUGCCUGCAGCGGACUACAAGUGCCACAAAUGAAUCCUACACCAGAUAGACGGUGUGGAUGUGUAACAAUUAGAAUAAUACAAUACUGUGGUAGAUGUAUACAAUGACAUUGGCUAACCCACUUGUCUAUGCAGAAGCGCAGUGCUGGCCUGUUUCCAUUCAAACAUCUAUUAGAUCAUUGGGGUCUGACUUCUGGUACCCCCUCCAAUCUAAUAGUGAUGGCCUAUAUAGUGGAAGCACCAGAAAUCUUUGCAGGCCGGAUAUCCCCUAUAGGCCAUAUCCACGAGACUUACAGAUAACACUGAAGCACAUGUUUUGCAGAAUUUUAGAAUUGGUGCAUUAUAAGCUGGUAUACAUAUUAGGCACAUGUCGUCGGAAUUGGCCGGCCAUCUAUUGUGUACGGGGUAGGGUUGCCACCUUGCCGGUAUUUUACCGACACAGACUGUAUUUUAGCCACCCUGCCGGUAUUUUUAUAUUAAAAAUACCUGCAAUGCAAUGGCCGGUAUUUAUCCAACCAAUCCUCCAACUCCCGGAAUUUUGCACCAUAACCUAUACCAGCGUUUCCUAACCAGAAUGCCUCCAGCUGUUGGAAAACUACAACUCCCAGCAUGCCCGGACAGCCAACGGCUGUCCGGGCAUGCUGGAAGUUGUAGUUUUCCAACAGCUGGAGGCACGCCUGGUUGGGAAACACUGACUUAUACUACUGUAUAUACUACUAUAUAAUCCAUCAUGCUGGAGGUUGUAGUUUUCCAACAGCUGGAGGCACGCCUGGUUGGAAAACACUGACUUAUACUACUGUAUAUACUACUAUAUAAUCCAUCAUGCUGGAAGUUGUAGUUUUCCAACAGCUGGAGGCACGCCUGGUUGGAAAACACUGACUUAUACUACUGUAUAUACUACUAUAUAAUCCAACAUGCUGGGAGUUGUAGUUUUCCAACAGCUGGAGGCACCCCUGGUUGGGAAACACUGACCUAUACUAUAUACUACUAUAUAAUCCAACAUGCUGGGAGUUGUAGUUUUCAUUUGGGGCAGCUGCUGAGCCACAGGCUGUAUCAGGGCAUGCUGGGAGUUGUAGUUAGUAACUAAGAAAUUAAUUUUAAAAAAAAGAAAAAGCGAUCCAAAAUUCACAUCAAAACAAAAAUGGUCCUGUUAAAAACUACAGAUCAGGGCGCAAACUAUCAGCCCUCAUUCCGACCCCUAAAGUUAUAGGGUAAGGGUCAGAAUAGGACAAAAUUUCCCCUGCAUAAGUGUAUCCUGUGAUGUUAUGCAUAUAAUUAAUUAUGCAAAUUUGCAUGGCCUGUUUUUUAUGUAAGAACGGUGGCAGCCCUAGUCCUGGGGGGGGGGGGUUGUUCUCCUUAUUCUCUCCCGAUGUUAGAUGUCAGGGCAGAGAAGAAUGGUUUUUAUUGGAUUUCAACUGCCGGAUCCUUUUGUUCUCAGGUAGAUACGGCCCACUUGCUGUCAACAGCAGAUUGUUGCGGACAUUAAAGGGGUACUCCGCCCCUAGACAUCUUAUCAGAUAAGAUGUCUGAUCGCAGGGGUCCCGAUGCUGGAGACCCCCGUGAUAUUUGUGCAGCACCUGGCAUUCCUUUAGAACACUGGGAGUGGGUGGUGGGGGUCCUGAUGUCAUGACCACGCCCCUCAUGAAGUCACACCACCCUUAAAUGCAAGUCUAUGGGAGGGGGCGUGGCGUGGCCUCCCAUAGACUUGCAUUGAGGGGGCAUGGUGUGACGUCACGAGGGGGCGUGGCAUGAUGUCACAAGGGGGAACAAGAUGUUCGAACGCUGGGGCAGCGGAGUAUCCCUUUAAAGGGGUACUCCGGUGGAAAACUUUAUUUAUUUAUUUUUUAAAUCAACUGGUGCCAGAAAGAUAAACAGA